AUGAUCUACACAAUCACUAAUUUGUCCAAUAUCACAAUUAAAUUAAUUGCAGAGAUCGAUGUGAUAGUAAAUGUAGGUCAGCCUGAGUACCUGGAAGCUAGUACAAUAGAUGAAAUACAUAGACCCAAAGUAUCAACAUAUCGCUGGGCCAAAGGUAAUUGGAUACCCACAGCCAAUUCCACUGAAGAACAGCAGUUAACUCUGGCAAGAAUACAGCAACGUAUUCGGGAUAUGACGGAGCUAGCAAUAGACCGUGGAAAACUGACAAAUUUUCAACUAAUAACCUAUGGAUUUGGUGGGCAAUACAAAAUACAUUUUGACUUUUCCGGAUUCUUUGAUAAUAAUGUGGCACUUAAAAAUCGCAUAGAUCUCAUUUUUAAUGAUCGUAUUGGCACAGUCUUAUUUUAUCUCAAUGAUCCAAAUGGUGGUGGUGCAACAGUUUUUCCCUUUCUAAACCUGAAGGUGGCACCAGAACGUGGCAAGGCCUUGUUUUGGCACAGUCUGGAUCCCAAAAGCUUCGACUAUGAAAUGGGCAGCUUGCAUGCCGGCUGUCCCGUGUUGGUUGGACAAAAAACGGUAUUGGUGCAAUGGAUACACGAACGAGAGCAAAUGUUUACUAAGCCCUGCUUCUAUGCUCCAAAUCAAUUGAAUCUGUUAAGCGAAUGCUGCCUGACGGAGCUAGUAGUGCACGAUUUUCAGCUACAGCAAUUUCAGUACACAAGCUACGGCUACGGCGGACACAACAGUGCACACUACGAUAAUUUUGGUACCUACGAGAAUAAUAACAGUGAUCCCAAACGCAUACCUUGGAUAUCGCCUAAGCACUGUGCUGAUUUAUGCGGUGCUAUUGUAUUUCCUCAUUUAAACCUGACGUUGUCACCAGAGCGUGGCAAGGCGUUGUUCUUCUAUAAUCUGAAUCCCAAGAACUUUGACUACGACGAGCGUAUGUUGCAUGCCGCGUGUCCAGUGCUGCUUGGACAUAAAAUGGUCAUUAACAAGCCGGCUUAUGGUGCCGUAAGCGUUAAGCGGAUUACCAAAGUACUCAUCCGCAUCCUCUUCGCCGGCAUGCAUUUGCACAGCUUCGACACUCGCAAAAUGUUCUCAUGCGGACUGCUGCUCGUUCUCGCCACGCUGUGGCAUGCGGCAAGCUGCGAAUUUCAUUCUUCCAUACAUGCCAUGUCAAAAGUGUUUGGCUACGAACAGCAAAUGUUGCAGCAUAUGCAAAAGUUUCUGGGUGACAAUCAGAGUAAAUUGGAUUUUCUCAAUGCGCGACUGGCAGAGUACGAGCAUCAGCUCGAUGAGGCGCAGCAAUGGCGCGGGGGCGUCUCAUACCUCGAUAGUCCACUGAAUAAAUAUUUGCUUACCAAGCGACUGACAGUGGACUGGCAGCGCAUUGAAAAUCUCAUGGCAGCCAAAACGGGCCAGAAAGCGCUGCUGCGCCUCCAGCAAAUGCAACAGCGCAAGCAAAUCCCAGAUGCAGCGGAGCUGAAUGGUGCCAUCGAUGGCUUGUUGCGACUGCAGAGCAUCUACAGACUGUCAGCCGAGGAUAUAGCUGCAGGCAGAUUGGCUGGCAUCGACUAUGGAACGCAGCUCACUCUGGCCCAUUGCAUGGACAUAGCGCAGAAGGCAAUGCGUGAUAAUCAUCUGCAGCUGGCACACGCCUGGCUGGUGGAGGCGAACAAGCGAGUGUCCAUUAAGGAUCGUGUUUUAAUGCAGCCACAGAUAUUGGGCAAGCUGUUGCAGCUAAAGAUGCAGCUAGCGGAUUAUCAAGGUGCUAAUAGCACUUUAAGCGCGCUUAUGGCUUUGGCGCCUGCAAACGAGCAGCAUGUGCUGGACUAUGAGGCACUGCAAAUGAAAGCAUUCGACUCAUCCGGCGCCGUAUUAGAGCAUGCGCCGCUGCCCACAGACUUUGGCGCUUUAAACGAUGCGAAUGAAAAAUACAAAUUCACAUGCAGUGGCCACAUCAAGUUGACGCCCGCCGAGCUGCGUCCUUUGCGCUGCGGCUAUUUGAGCGAGACACACGCAUUUCUGCUGUUGGCGCCGCUGAAGGUGGAGGAGCUUAGUCAUGAUCCGCUGCUGGUUAUCUAUCACGAUGUCAUUUAUCAAAGCGAAAUCGAUGUGCUGACAGCGCUGGCGGAGAAGCAAAUUGUGCGCGCUCGCGUCAUUGGAGAAAAUGAAACUUUAGUGUCCAAUGUGCGCACUAGUCAAUAUACUUUUAUAUCCAAGAGCAGACAUCAAGUGUUGCGCACUAUAGAUCAGCGUGUAGCUGAUAUGACCAAUUUGAAUAUGGAGUUUGCCGAGAUGCAUCAGUUUGCCAACUAUGGCAUAGGUGGGCACUAUUCACAGCAUAUGGAUUGGUUUUAUCCAAGCGCCUUUCAACACAAUAAUGUCGCUCAGCCGGAGUGGGGCAAUCGCAUUGCCACUGUAUUAUUCUAUCUAAGCGACGUCGAGCAGGGCGGCGGCACCGCAUUUCCGCUCAUAAAACAAUUGCUGAAGCCCCAGAAAUAUGCGGCUGCCUUUUGGUAUAAUCUGCAUGCCUCGGGCGAGCCUGAUGUGCGCACUUUGCAUGGCGCCUGUCCCAUCAUAGCGGGCUCCAAGUGGGUGCUGAAUCGCUGGAUACGUGAGUCUCAGCAGUCGACGCAGCGUCCUUGUCUUUUGUAUAAUGACGCCUUGUUAACGCCCAGCAUGCUUGCCGAAUUUAUUAAAAAUAAUUCCUAG